AUGGAUACUGGCACUGACUCUUCCACUAGCAAGUUUGUUCCUGAAUACAGACGUACCAAUUUUAAAAAUAAAGGUAGAUUUUCUGCUGACGAACUUCGUCGUCGUAGAGAUACACAACAAGUUGAACUCAGAAAAGCGAAGAGGGAUGAAGCUUUAGCCAAGAGAAGAAACUUUGUUCCACCAACUGAUGGUGCCGAUUCCGAUGAAGAGGAUGAGAGCUCCAUUUCUGCAGACCAACAAUUUUAUAGUCAGCUACAACAAGAAUUACCACAAAUGACGCAACAACUUAACUCUGAUGAUAUGCAAGAACAAUUGAGUGCUACUGUCAAAUUCAGACAAAUUUUGUCCAGAGAACACCGUCCUCCAAUUGAUAUUGUCAUCCAAGCUGGUGUGGUUCCAAGAUUAGUAGAAUUCAUGCGUGAAAACCAACCAGAAAUGCUACAAUUGGAAGCUGCUUGGGCUUUGACUAACAUUGCAUCAGGUACAUCAGCUCAAACAAAGGUCGUUGUGGAUGCUGAUGCUGUACCACUUUUCAUUCAACUAUUAUAUACCGGCUCCGUUGAAGUUAAAGAGCAAGCUAUUUGGGCUUUAGGUAACGUCGCUGGUGAUUCUACCGAUUAUAGAGACUAUGUUCUACAGUGCAACGCCAUGGAGCCAAUUCUAGGCCUUUUCAACUCCAAUAAACCAUCUUUGAUCAGAACCGCUACUUGGACUUUAUCCAAUUUAUGUCGAGGUAAAAAACCACAACCAGAUUGGUCCGUUGUCUCCCAAGCCUUACCAACUUUAGCAAAAUUAAUCUAUUCAAUGGACACUGAAACUUUGGUUGACGCUUGUUGGGCCAUAUCUUACCUAUCCGAUGGUCCACAAGAAGCUAUUCAAGCUGUAAUCGAUGUUAGAAUUCCAAAGAGAUUAGUUGAAWUACUAAGCCACGAAUCGACCUUGGUUCAAACUCCUGCUUUAAGAGCUGUGGGUAACAUAGUAACUGGUAAUGAUUUACAGACUCAAGUGGUUAUAAAUGCUGGUGUCUUAUCUGCCUUAAGACUACUACUAAGCUCUCCAAAAGAAAACAUAAAGAAAGAAGCAUGUUGGACCAUCUCUAAUAUUACGGCAGGUAACACUGAACAAAUCCAAGCAGUUAUUGAUUCGAACUUAAUCCCUCCAUUGGUCAAACUGUUGGAAGUUGCAGAAUAUAAAACUAAAAAAGAAGCUUGUUGGGCCAUUUCUAAUGCCUCCUCAGGUGGUUUGCAAAGACCAGACAUCAUCAGAUAUCUAGUAUCUCAAGGUUGUAUAAAGCCGUUGUGUGAUUUGUUAGAAAUCGCUGAUAACAGAAUCAUCGAAGUUACUUUAGAUGCCCUAGAGAAUAUCUUAAAGAUGGGUGAAGCCGAUAAAGAAGCUCGCGGUUUGAAUAUUAAUGAAAAUGCUGACUUUAUUGAAAAAGCUGGUGGUAUGGAAAAGAUUUUCAAUUGUCAACAAAAUGAAAAUGAUAAGAUUUAUGAAAAGGCAUACAAGAUCAUUGAAACUUAUUUCGGUGAAGAAGAGGAUGCUGUAGAUGAAACUAUGGCUCCACAAAAUGCCGGCAAUACUUUUGGAUUUGGUUCUAAUGUUAACCAACAAUUCAAUUUCAACUAA